GCGGCGGCCACUCCUCCCAGCGCAGGUAAGGGCGACUGCGCCCAGCCUCGGAAGGCGACGAUUCGUCUGACGCGGCUCUAACCUGACCUGUCAGUGCGUGGCGGGAUCCCCGGAGCGCCUCACCACGUCCCCAUCACUCCUAAGCGUAAGGAGGCUACUAAUGAUCUCUAGAGUUAGGGAAGAUAACGAAGCCACAUUCUCCAGGGAAAGGAGACUGCCUCGGAGAAGAGCUGCGAGGCCCAAGUCGCCCCACAUCUCGUGGAUUGAGCUUCCGUGCCCCUAUGUAGAGGGUCCCAAAUUCGGCCUAACUUUUUGGUUGCCGGUUUCCAUGGCUCAUUCCCAGGCCAGUCCCUCUUGGUAAAGACCAGCCAAGGGCCGGGCGUGGUGGCGCACGCCUUUAAUCCCAGCACUCGGGAGGCAGAGGCAGGUGGAUUUCUGAGUUCGAGGCCAGCCUGGUCUACAAAGUGAGCUCCAGGACAGCCAGGGCUAUACAGAGAAAACCCGUCUCGAAAAACCAAAAAAAAAAAAAAAAAAAGACCAGCCAAGGGGUUCCCUUAACCCUGUCUUUCAAGGGUUGUGUAUUUCAAAGCGUGAGCCCUUCCCUCAUGACUGAGCUAGAUGGGGUGCCGAAUUCAGACAGACCAUUCUGGGGAUCCCAUCCUCUGGGGCCCGCUGCCUCUGUGGACUCUGCUGUGCAUGCAGUCAGGCACAGAUGGCGAGAUGCUAGACACUCUAGACUGGGAGCCCUGAGAGUUUCUUCUAAACAGACCAAGGAACCCGGAAAGACAUGCCAGGAAAGACAGCAUGAUGAGACUUAUUCUGAAAUCCGGUCCUUUUCAUGGUUAAUUUCUAAUGUUUGUGUAAGACAGAAGAAAAGGAUGUCAUUCCGUAAAGUGAACAUCAUCAUCUGGGUCCUGGCUGUUGUUCUCUUCUUACUGGUUUUGCACCAUAACUUCCUCAGCUUGAGCAGUUUGUUAAAGAAUGACAUUUCAGAUUCGGGAAUUGUGGGGCUUCAGCCCAUAGACUUUGUCGCCAGUGCUCAUCAGCAUCCAGUGAGUGAGAGGCAAGAGGAGAUUCCCGUGGUUAUUGCUGCCUCUGAAGACAGGCUGGGUGGGACCAUUGCAGCCAUAAACAGCGUUCAUCAAAACACGCGCUCCAAUGUGAUGUUUUACAUUGUUACAUUCAACAGCACAGCAGACCAUCUCCGGUCCUGGCUUAACAGUGGUUCCUUGAAAAGCAUCAGGUACAAAAUUGUAAAUUUUGACACUAAACUUUUGGAAGGGAAAGUAAAGCAGGAUCCUGACCAGGGGGAGUCCAUGAAACCAUUAACCUUUGCAAGGUUCUACUUGCCAAUUCUGGUUCCCAGUGCAAAGAAAGCCAUAUACAUGGAUGAUGAUGUCAUUGUACAAGGUGACAUACUUGCCUUGUACAAUACACCACUGAAGCCAGGACAUGCUGCUGCGUUUUCAGAAGAUUGUGACUCAGCCUCCACUAAAGUCAUCAUCCGGGGAGCAGGGAACCAGUACAAUUACAUUGGUUAUCUUGACUAUAAAAAGGAAAGAAUUCGUAAACUUUCCAUGAAAGCCAGCACCUGUUCCUUUAAUCCUGGAGUUUUUGUUGCAAACUUGACUGAAUGGAAAAGACAGAAUGUAACUAACCAGUUGGAAAAAUGGAUGAAGCUCAAUGUAGAAGAGGGAUUAUACAGCAGAACUCUGGCAGGCAGCAUCACCACACCUCCUCUGCUUAUCGUAUUUUAUCAGCAGCAUUCCACCAUUGACCCUAUGUGGAAUGUCCGCCAUCUUGGUUCCAGUGCUGGAAAACGGUACUCACCCCAGUUUGUAAAAGCUGCCAAGUUACUUCACUGGAAUGGUCACUUCAAGCCUUGGGGAAGAACUGCUUCAUAUGCUGAUGUUUGGGAAAAGUGGUAUAUUCCAGACCCAACAGGAAAAUUCAGUUUAAUCCGAAGACAUAUGGAUACCUCAAACAUAAAGUGAACUACAAUUUAAGCUAAUUGCGUCACUCAGGAAACUCUGGAAGACACACUAUGUGGGAAGGUAACAGUUGUAGGGCUUGAGUUUCUCUAUACCAACCACAGAAAACACUUCAGCUGGGUAGAAGUCAUAGAUAUCCAGAUGACUACCACGGCUCCAUCUGCCUUACCAAAUGUUUGCUUUACUAUACUGCUGACUUGAAGGACAGAGAACUCCAGCAUUUAACUGCAUCUAGCUGCUGUAGGUAGGAACUGCUGUUUGGUUUUAGUUUUGUACCUUGUGGCCUGGUUUGUAAAUAAAAUCUACAUUUUCCAAUAGA